AUGGCGGUGAAUCCUAUCGUCAUCAUCAUAUAUAAUUCUUAUUAUUUGCUGAAUUGGUCCAGGAAUGGAAUUCGGUGUUAUAGAUAUUUUAAUCUUCGUCAUUCGUGGAAGAGAGCCGCUGAAAUCUGCCGCAGUCUGCCAUUUUGUGGAUUUUCCUAUCCAUGUUUACUUCGUGCCCUAUGUAUUGUCACCACGUCAUUGUUUAAAAUUAUUUACAAUGCAAAUAUUCAAAAUUGUCCCCAUCUCUCAGUUGGAAUUGGUGCUCAAGGAUCUAGUCGUGAUACCACUUUUGGUGCAUUAGUUAGUUAUACUUGUCCCAAAGGUCAAGAAUUUAGCAAUGGAGAAAUAAAAAUUGAUGCUGAAUGUAGACAAGGUGGAAAAUGGAGUGUAAAUCAUAUACCUAGAUGUCAAGAACGUUAUUGUGGUCCAGUACCUCAGAUUGAUAAUGGUUUUGCAGUUGUGGCUACUAAUGUUACUUUUAGAGGCCAGGCAACUUAUCAAUGUUAUGCUGGAUUUGCUUUUCCAAGUGGAUUACCUACAGAAACAAUACGUUGCACAGAAGAUGGAAAAUGGGAAAAGUUACCAGUUUGUCUGGCUUCUUCCUGCCCUCCAUUACCAGAAACACCGCACGCAUCACCAACACUUUUAAAUGGAGGUGGAAGAAGCUAUGGUACAGUUAUUCGUUUUGAAUGUGAGCAGGGUUACUAUAGAAUUGGAAUUCCUGUUAUUGUUUGUACGAGUAAUGGACAAUGGUCUGCGCUACCACCUAAAUGUGAACGUGUGCAAUGUCCAAUUUUACCACAAAUUGAAAAUGGAUUUGUAACUGGAACACAUAAUGUAUAUUUCUAUCAAGAUGAAGCUAAGGUCCAGUGCAACCGAGGAUUUAAUUUAGAAGGAAGUCCGAUAAUUAGUUGUGGUCCAAAUCAGACAUUUAUAAAUCUUCCUGUUUGUAAAGAUAUUGAUGAAUGUGCAGCUUCUUCAUGUGAUACUGCUUCUACUGUUUGUACUAAUACAGCAGGUGGAUUUUUUUGUAAAUGCAAAUCUGGAUUUGAACCAAAUUUAGAUUGUCGUCCGGUUGGUGACUUGGGUCUUAAUACUGGCAAUAUACCAGAUACUAGUAUAAGAGCAUCAGGAACAGAAGCAGGAUAUAAUAAAAAUGAUGUUCGAUUAGAUAGUAGCAGCGGUUGGUGUGGAAAUAUUCCUAGAGCAGGAGAAAAUUGGAUUCAAGUAGAUCUGAGAGCUCCAGUUGUAAUCCGAGGUUUCAGAGUACAGUCAGUUAGUAGAACUGAUGGUUCACAAGCAUUUCCUCUCAGUGUUAGAUUGCAAUACACAGAUGAUUUAACAGAUGUUUUUAGAGAUUAUAGUGAACCUUCAAGAAGGCCAAUUGAAUUCCGUCUCGCUCAUAAUGGUGGAACAGGUUUAUCAUUAGUAAAUUUGCCAAUACCUUUAGAAGCACGUUAUUUAAGAUUGAUUAUAAUGGAAUAUGUAAGAGCGCCAUGCAUGCGUUUUGAGUUGAUGGGUUGCACAAGACAAGACUGUCUAGAUAUAAAUGAAUGCUUAGAUAAGAAUGGAGGAUGUGAUCAGAGAUGUAUUAAUAAUCCUGGUAGUUAUAAUUGUUUAUGUAAUGUUGGCUAUGAAUUAUAUACAAAUAAUGGAACGAGUGGUUUCUACAUUCCACAAAGUGAAAAUGGUAAUAAAAAUGGGGAUGUAUAUCAGAUGAAUAAAACUUGUGUUCCUAAAAUGUGUCCAAAAUUGAAAAAUCCAGUAAAUGGUAUCCUAUUAUCAACAAAAUCAAUGUAUCAUUUUGGUGAUAUUGUUCAUUUUCAAUGUGAUUUUGGAUAUCAGAUGAUUGGGACUUCAACUCUUCUUUGUACAAGCAAUGGAGUAUGGAAUGGAACUAUGCCUACUUGUGAAUAUGCACAGUGUGCUGUAUUUCCCAAUGAUCCAUCUCAGGGUUUGAGAUCUCAUUUCUCAGAAGAUGAAAAAUUUGUUCCAUUUCAUGAAAAUGUUACAAUUUCAUGUGAUGAAAUAGGUAAACCACUUCCACUAACAUCCACUGCUCAUUUCAGACAAUGUGUUUAUGAUCCAGGUGAAAAUCAUCCUGAUUAUUGGUUAUCUGGAGCACCUCCAACGUGUCCUCGAAUUAACUGUGGAAUUCCUCCAGAAACUACUGGGGCAAAUUAUGGUUUCUAUGUUGAUACAAGAUACCAUACUAGCUUCUUUUUCAGUUGCGAAGAUACUUUUACGUUAGCUGGUAAAAGUAGAAUGAAAGAUAGUAUAGUAAGAUGCACAGAAGAUGGGACAUGGGAUUUUGGAGACUUACAUUGUGAAGGUCCUGUAUGUGAAGAUCCUGGAAGACCACCAGAUGGUCAGCAAAUUGCUACAACUUAUGAGCAUGGUGCUGAAAUAUCUUUUAGUUGUACAAGACCUGGAUAUUCACCCUAUACUGACAAACCAAUAACGUGCAAUAAAAAGGCUCAAUGCAAAACAGUAAAACCUAUAGGAAUAACAUCUGGUAUUAUACCUGAUAGUGCUAUAAAUGCAUCAUCUCAAAGAAGUAAUUAUGAAGCUUGGAACAUUCGUCUUAAUAGUGCAACUGGUUGGUGUGGCCAGCAAGAACCAUUCACUUACAUAACUGUUGAUCUUGGAAGAAUAUAUUUGUUAACAGCUAUUUUGGUUAAAGGUGUUAUUACAAAUGAUGUUGUUGGAAGACCAACUGAAUUGCGAUUUUUUUAUAAAAUGAGAGAGGCUGAAAACUUUGUCGUAUACUUUCCAAAUUUCAAUUUAACAAGUCGUGAACCAGGAAAUUAUGGAGAGUUAACAGUCAUAGAGCUACCUCAAAGUGUUAAAGUUCGCUAUGUAAUUUUGGGAAUUGUUUCAUACAAGAAGAAUCCUUGUUUGAAGUUUGAAUUAAUGGGAUGUGAAGUUGUUGAGGAUGAGAUACUUUUAGGUUAUGAUAGAGGGUAUCCAUUCUGUAUAGACAAAGAACCUCCACAGUUUAUUAAUUGCCCUAAAGAGCCAAUUUCAGUAGAAAAAUCUUCAAAUAGUUUACAACAAGUCAAUUAUUCUGUACCAGUAGCUGUUGAUAAUUCAGGAAGGAUUGCACGACUUGAAGUAAAGCCGGUUGGUUUCAAACCUCCUGCAUAUGUUGUGGAAGACACAGUUGUACAAUAUAUUGCUUAUGAUUUUGAUGGAAAUGUUGCUAUUUGUACUGUAAAUAUUACAGUUCCAGAUGACACUCCUCCUUCUUUAAGUUGUCCUGAAUCAUUUGUUAUCCAAUUAGACGAAGAGCAGGAAAGCUAUCAUGUGAAUUUUAAUAAUACAUUAAAACUAGUACAUGCUGUGGACAAAUCUGGUGAUGUUACUAUAGAUAUAUCACCUCAAACAGCCAUUAUACCAGUGGGAAGCUUUCGUAAUGUUACUAUUGUUGCAGCCGAUAAGUUUGGUAAUCAGGCAACUUGUCAUUUCCAAGUAUCAGUUCAAGCAGCACCAUGUGUAGCAUGGUCAUUAGCAGCUCCUGCAAAUGGAAUAGUCAAGUGUUUGCCAAAUGAUCAGAAUGAUGGUUUCAGAUGUCUAGCAACUUGUAAAACGGGUUUUAAAUUCACAGAUGGACAGCAAGCCAAAACUUAUGAAUGUACAAAUGGCCAGAUGUGGUUACCAAAUAAUAUUAUACCAGAUUGUGUUUCAGAAGAUACUAAACAAGCAUCAUAUGAUGUAAUAGCAAUGACAGAAUACCGUGCUGGUGGAGCAUUACCAACUAGUUGUCUUAAUCAAUAUACAAGUUAUGUUAGCACUUUUUAUUCAUCUUUAAGUCAACUAUUAUCUGAACGAUGUUCAGCAAUCAAUGUAAAAAUUGGAAUAACUUUUCACAAUACAACAAUACAUACCAUUUCAGAAAACCAGCUUAUUUUGGGAUAUACAUUACGUAUUGAUCCAGUUGUUCGUCAACCAUUAUUAUAUGAUUUGUGUGGUUCAACGUUGGGUUUAGUAUUUGAUCUCAGUGUUCCAAGUACAUCAGCUGUGAUUGAACCUUUGCUUAAUAUUACUGCACAAAAUGUAGGAGGAAGAUGUCCAGGUUUACAAGCUAUUCGUUCAUCUGUAGAAAGAGGCUUUACUUGUGAAGCUGGAGAAGUAUUAAACAAUGUUGGUAAUGGUCAAGUGCCUCAAUGCUUGGAUUGUCCUGCAGGAACUUUUGCAUCUAAAUCAACUGGUUGCAAAUUUUGUCCUAGAGGAUUUUAUCAAGAUUUAACACAUCAAAGUAGCUGCAAACGAUGUCCAGAUGCCACAUAUACUAGAUAUGAAGGAAGCAAAAGUUUAACUGAUUGUAUUCCUGUAUGUGGUUAUGGCAGCUAUUCAUUAACUGGUUUAGUUCCAUGUUUACAAUGUCCAAAUGAUACAUUUUCUGGUAUACCACCAUUAGAUGGAUUCAAAGAAUGUCAACGAUGUCCUGCAAAUACAUAUACUUAUGCACCUAGAGCAACUUCAAACACUGAUUGUAAAUCUCGUUGUCCACCGGGUACGUAUUCUGAAACUGGAUUAGAUCCUUGUAUUCCUUGUCCUACAAAUUUCUAUCAAACUGAAGAAGGUCAGACAUCAUGUAAACAGUGUGAACAAAAUGAAAGAACACUUAGACCAGGGGCACUUAGCAAAGAUGCUUGCACACCAGUUCAGUGUAUAAAUCAUGGAUGUCAGAAUGGUGGAUUAUGUCUUGUACAGAACCAUCAAACAAACUGUUAUUGUCCUGCUGGUUUCACUGGACAGUUCUGUGAAGUGGAUAUGGAUGAAUGUGCAAGUCGACCCUGUCACAAUGGUGGCACAUGCAUUGAUCGACCACAAGGAUAUAUAUGCCGUUGUCCACCAGGUUUCAGUGGAUUACAAUGUCAGGAAGAACAAAAUGAAUGUUUUAACAAUACAUGUCCAGAGAGAGCUAUGUGUCAAAAUGCACCAGGAAUAGGAAAUGUAAAUUGUUUAUGUCGAUCUGGUUAUGAAGGAAUUGGUUGCAAUAUCACAGUGAAUCCUUGUGUAGUAGGUGAUAAUCCUUGUAAUAAUGAUGGUAUUUGUAUACCACUUCAACAAGGUCGAUAUAAAUGUAAAUGCAAUCCAGGAUGGACAGGAAGAAAUUGUGAAACGGAUAUUGAUGACUGUGCUGAGCAACCCUGUCUUUUGCAAGCAAAAUGUACUGACUUAUUAAAUGAUUUCCAAUGUGACUGUCCAGUGGGAUUUGGUGGUAAAAGAUGUCAUUUAAAAUAUGAUCUCUGUGUUAAUAAUCCUUGUGUAAAUGGAAUCUGUGUUGAUCGUUUGUUUUAUCAAGAGUGUAUUUGUCAUUCUGGUUGGACAGGACAAAACUGUGAUAUUAAUAUAGAUGAAUGUCUCAGCAAUCCAUGUAUGAAUGAUGCUCAAUGUAUAGACCAGGUUGAUGGAUAUCAUUGUCAAUGUGAUGCUGGAUUUACUGGUUCUCGAUGCCAACAUCCAAUUGAUGCAUGUGAAUCUAUGCCAUGCAGAAAUGGUGGAACCUGUGUAGAUCUUAUAGAUGGCUUUGUGUGCCAUUGUAGACCUGGUUACAUGGGCUUGCAAUGUGAAGCUGAAGUAGAUGAAUGUGUCAGCAAUCCUUGUCAUCCAGUUGGAACUGCAACUUGUGUAGAUUUGGAUAAUUCAUUCCAUUGUACAUGCAAUCCUGGCUAUACAGGGGAAUUAUGUGAAUUUAAUAUCAAUGAAUGUGCCUCUAAUCCAUGCUUAAACAAUGGAAUCUGUAUAGAUACUGUAAAUGGCUUUAAAUGUCAAUGUUCUCAGGGAUGGACUGGAGAACAUUGUGAAAAAGAUAUUGGAAAAUGUGAUAUUUCACCUUGUCUAAAUGAUGCUAAAUGUAUUGAUCUAUUCCAAGACUACUUCUGUGUGUAA